AUGAAUGCUAGCACCUUGGUUCUACAGCCAGCUUUUGAACGUCGACACAAAGGCAGGAAUCCUGCAAAUAUCCCUGUUCUUGUGGUCACCCAAACUGCCACACGCCUGGUCGACCUUACCACGAAGGUUGUCGAGGAAUUGACUUAUGCUAUUGCCCAGGACAGUUUCGGUGACAUAUGGAAAUGCAGGUUCUCAGAAAAGAUCACACUAUGGAGGUUGGUGGCGGUUAAAUAUGUGAAGAUCGUUUCAAGGAUAUCUUUAGCAAGGAUUGCCUACGGGUUUGGCCCAGUACCAGCUAUCGUAUCUCCACGGAUGCCCAACGAAUCAUCGAGCACAUAUCUUGAUGAAAACUCUCUGCAGCCCACAACCUCGGUUUGUAUAUGGCACAUAGUCCACUCCGACGAAGUGGUUCAUGCAGAUCUCCGGGUAUACGUGACGCUUCUCACAUCUUCACUUCCUGCAACGUGCUUCUCAACAGUGGUCCGUAUCAAUGUGACGGAGGAUGGAAAAGAAGGAAUGGACUUCACUACAGGCUUCCUAGAUAAGCACUUCACAUCGCUACGACACUCCGACCAGUCCAUCCGAUAUUGUUCCUCUUAA